AUGGUCUACACGAUUGUCGUUCAUCUGUAUGCGAAGGAGGGCAAAGAAGUCGAAGAGAAGAUGCGCAACAAACUGAUUGAAGCCUCGCAGGUGUACUCCAAGGACAUUGAGACUAUUGGCUGGCACGUCAUGCAAGAUCAUGAGGAUCCGCGAAAGUGGUGCAUUGUCGAGCGUUACGAGCACGAGAGCAGCCAAAAGUACCACUUGGAGAACCCGUACUGGAAAACAUUCGACCCGUACGUCAUGCCGCUACUGGACAAGCCGAUGGACUUGCGUCGUUUUCACGAGCUGGACACGAGCAAGCCUGUGCAUGUCGAAUAA